AUGAUCGGGGGGGACUUCAACGCAGAGACGGAGGAGGCGCUGAGGGAAAGGGGCGCACAGAGGGCGACCCUGGCGGACAGGCUGUUCCAGCAGAUGCUGGGGGAUGGAGGCCGAGAGCUGCUGACCAUGGCGGACGAAGCCACCUACCGAGCAGGGACGCAGAUUGACAACUGGGUGGUCACAUCUGGGCUCGCGUCAUGUAUGGGGCGCACGAGCACAAUGCCGGGGGUGUGCGGUGACGACCACAGGGCGGUGGCGGUGGAAUUCUUUGGAGGAGUAGGUGGUGUGGGAGGGCCUCGCGAGUUUCGGGAGCGGGGGGUGAGCACAUUCAUGGAUCGGGAGGUGGAGGAGAGAUUCACAAAGACGGUACAGGAGGUGUUCGAUGACGAGGUGGAGGCCGAUGCGGAGAAGGAGCUGAGCGCCUCAGAACGGCUCGAGAGGCUGACGAGGGUGCUCACGCGACACGCUAGGGCGGUGGUCGCGACCAGGAGGGCAAAGGGCGAUGACGAAGCGGGCGGAGAGGAGCGGCCCGCGGGAGGCGGGGAGGCAAGCGAGGGGGCGGGUGGCCGAGGGCCGCCACCUAAGUCCAAGAGAGAGAGGCUGCGAUGGAAAGUGGCGAAGUGGUUCAGGAUACGGCACGAGGUCAAGAAAUGGAGCGGCACGAUGAGCGACGGAUAUAGGAGGGAAUGGGAGGGAGAGGGCUUUUGGAGGGAGCCAAACCUGGCGCAGCUCUGGAAGGCCCUCGAGGCUCAGCCGCAGCUGGCGAAUAGAGAAAGGCGCGCGAGGGCAUUGGCGGUCUGUGAGCGCGAACGACGCGACGCUGAACAGGAGUUCCUCCUGUGCCCGCGGACGGGGGGGGAGAAACUCACAGAGGUGAUGCAGGAGGUUGCGACAGAGAAUAGCGGCAACAAUGCCAGGAGAGUCUUCGAGAUUCUGAACAAGGAGAUGGGCAGAAGAGCGGGCGGGGGGGAGCUGGUUGCGAUGUAUGAGGGAGGCGAGUGGGUAACCUGCCAGACGACGGGAGAGCAGGUCUGGCAAAGACACGUGGUGCGAGGGGACGAAGUCCGCGACGCCGCGGCGAGGAGAGGGAAGGAGAUCAACGCGCGGAGGGAGGCGGACAUGGCGGCGGUCGAGGCGCUCCUAGCAAUGACAAAACCAGCCAGGGCGGAGGCCCAGCCCCCGGGGGUGGGGGGGACAGGACGGCUUGCGGAUGACGUGUUGACGUGGUCGGCGUGCGAGGCGGCAAUCAGGAAAUUCAAAAAAGGAAAGGCCAUAGGCAGCGACAAACUAGAUGGGUACCUGAUCCGACUCUCGCCGAGGGGAGUGCAGCGGGAGUACUGGAGGCUGCUGCAGGAGAUUGUGCGGGAGGAGCAGUAUCCCAAAGUGUGGAAUGAUUGGAUUGCUAUGAUGGCGAUGAAGCCCGGGGAGGAUCCGAUGGAUGCCGUGGCGGACCUGCAGCGAGUCAGGCAAGAGCUGGCAGACUUUGUCACGUCCAACCAAGACACGUACGACCGACGCUUCGCUGAAAUGCGGCGGCAGGCAAAGACGCGUGAGGCUCGGCCGGCGCCCCAACCUCGCCAGGAGCCCAAGACAGCCGCAGCACUCAUCCUCUCCCAGCUUCCGGAGACGAGCGCGGGGACGAUCGGGUUUCAUACCAUUCCGGAGGUGCCGAUUACGGCGCCAAAGCAUUCGAGGCUGACGGAGUGGGAGGAGCUGGAGAGGACGUGGCACCCACGCCGCACGUCGGACGAGGUCGGCUUCCAUCCCAGCGCUCUGGCCGAUCGAGCGCGCGGCCUCGAGUGCGCGGCGAGCAUUGCGCGGGAGGCGCAGCCCCUCUCGCAGCCGCAGCCGUAG